AUUUUAAUAGAAAAUAAACUUCAUAAAAACUACUCAAAGCAACGAGUACCAUCGCGAACAGAAUCUUCAUGCAAUUAAAAUAUUUCACAGACCAUUAAUCCCCCAUACCAUUGUUGCAAUAAACCACUCUCAUCCAACUGACAAUCUGUUGACAUUUCGAGUGCAUCAGGGGAUGCGGGUGGGUUUUCCCCGGAAUAUCUUCAAUGCCUCUGAACUGACCACCCAAUCCACCCCCCAAACUGGCCACUUCUAGUGCAAAAUAUUGGCGAAAAAUUGGGGUUGCCGCCAAGAUGAUGACGAUGACGCCAUGUCGUCUGUCUUGCUGUGUGGCACCCGCACGGAAAUUGCUUUUGUUUGCAACAAUACCGGGGGAUGCAGGAAGCGGAGCGGAGGCAACUGGGCUUAACAUGCAGACAUGGCGCAAACGCAGCGCACACCGAGCAUAGUAGCUAUUAAUACUGGAGCCAAACAUAUAUACACCAACAUACACAUUUGUCCACCCUCCUGGGCGAAGGGACUCCGGUUGCGGUUGGCAGUUAAUGGAGCUGGCGUCAGGACGGAGCCAGCUGGCGUAGUAGUCGUUGUAGUUAGUUGCAGUUUAACCUCGCUCCUGACAUGCUGGCUGGCAGGCGAAUCCAAUCCGAAUCCGAAAUUGCCAUAGCAAUCCUGUCGUGACAAAAUAGCGCAAAAAACGAAAAUUCAUAAACAUUCACCUGUCAGUGGUAGGCACACUCCCAAACACACACCAUCACACACACACACACAUAGCAUAGCACCGCGUUUACCUUGACUUGUGUGUCACAUGUAAAUAGGAAUUUAACUCAAUUUUUAUUACAUUAUCCUGGCUUCGUGUCAGUUGGUUUUCGGAUAUCACUUCCUUCGAGUUCAGUCGUCGGUGAAUCGCAGACAUGGGAGAUGAGCCGGAAGGAGGCAAGGAGGGCGAGAAGAAAAUCGUCCACGUCUAUCCCCUGGUGAAGCACUCGGAUAUGAACGAGGAGAUGCGUACAGAGGCCAUUGAACUGACCAUCAUGGCUUGCGAAAAGUACUCUUCCAACUACGAGCACGCCGCCAAAGUCAUCAAAGAAACGAUGGACAAAAAGUUCGGAAUCUAUUGGCAUGUGGUGGUGGGCGAGGGAUUCGGGUUCGAGGUCUCAUACGAAACCCAGAACAUACUAUACCUGUUCUUUGCCGGGAACUUGGCCAUCGUGCUGUGGAAGUGCUCCUGAAACCGGGUCACCAAACAAUCAAAUGUACCUAGAAACCACAACCAGAGACUCCAACUCCAACUCCGAAGUAACAAGAAUUUUAGCAUUAACUUUAGUCGUAUAACAAAAUAACUUACCUUUAACGAAACGAAAUGUUAUGACUGCCGAGCGUAGUGUACUGGUUGAUAAAUGAAGCAGCCACUUCCAUGGCAACAACAACAACA